UUUCAGGGGAACUACUUCCAGCGUUAUACAAGCGGAUGGAUAUGACUUGACAUUGACAUUGUUAACUUCUAGAACUUAUUUACGGACAUGUGUAUAUUUCAAAAGUGAAAAGGAUAUAUUAGCAACGUUACAUAAAGAUGGCGAAGCCCCUCAAGGUUUGUGUCUGCGGCGGUGGGAAGAGCGCACAUGUCAUAACUGCACUGGCCGCCUCCAAUCCAGAUAUGGAGGUUUCGGUACUUACCAUGUACAAAGACGAGGCGGAGAUGUGGACAAAGGCCAUCGAGAAAGAUGACAUGGUCCUCACCAUUCAUGGUUCGAACGGGGUCUCAAGAGACGUCAAGGCUAAGCCAGCUCAGAUAUCAAAGGAAGCUAAAGACGUGGUUCCGGGUAGUGAUAUGGUACUAUUUACCGUCGCUGCUUUCGCGCAUGAAGAAUACAUGAAAGCGAUUGCUGGACUCAUUGACAAGAAAACCGUACUUAUAGGAUUCCCGGGACAAGCCGGCUUUGAGUAUCUUUGUAAAAGUUACCUAAGUGGUGAGUUACGGGAGCAAGUUACUGUUAUGUCUUUUGAGAUGUCGCCUUGGGUUUGUGAGGUCACCGAAUACGGAAAGAAAGUUGAGGUGACGAGAACGUCAAAGUCUCUGGAUGGAUCUAUUUUAAGGGGCAAGGCCAUCCCAAGGAAACCCGCGCUGAUGAGUCUUCAAAUGGUCGUCGGUAACGUUCCAAUGUUGAAACAAGUUCGCCACUUCCUAGAGGUACUUUUUACGUCCUACUCUUUUAUGCAUCCAGCGAUUAUGUACGGUAGAUGGAAGGACUGGGAUGGGAAGUACAUGGAUACAGAGCCUUUGUUUUAUGAGGGAGUGAACGAGUCUACGGCUGAUCUUAUUGAGAGUUGCAGCAAGGAAUAUCAAAGUGUUGCCCAUGCUAUAACUGGUCAAAAACCAGAGAUAGACCUAACUGAACUUCCAGAUAUCAUUAACUGGAUACUAAAAUUCUACGAGGGAGAAAUAGAAGACGGUUCAAGUCUUCUGAAAGCGAUUACGACGAACAGCGUAUACAAAGGUGUUAAACACAUCAUGCAGAAGGACAGAUCGAAGUUCAAGCCGGAUUUAACAUGCAGAUACCUGUCAGAGGACAUUCCGUGUGGCAUGUUGGUAGUUAAAGGUAUUGCUGAAAUUCUCGGAGUAGAGACUCCUUCAUGCGACAUGCUGAUCGGUUGGGGACAGGAAAAAUUAAAAAAGAAUUACCUUGUUGAUGGCAAAGUGACUGGUGAGCAUGUAAAGGAAACAAGAGCCCCGCAAAGAUUUGGCUUUACUUCACUUGAAGAAAUUCUCUCCGGAAAGAAAUCCGAGUGUUAACGAUAUUAAAAAACAAUACAUAUGCAUUAUGUGUAAGAAGUUGACAGACCAAUCAAGUGUUAACAUUCCCAGAUUAUAUCGAUAAAAAUGAUCCAGUAAAAAAGACUGGAAAAUGUAAAUUCCCUUGAAAUUGCGCUGGAUUUACGAUUACAUUGUUCAAGGUAUCCGAUGAACCAGUUUACGGUUUUUAAUUGCCCUGGGACGCUUCUUUAUCUUGGAAUCAUUUGGAAGAUUAUGUAAAAGUCAUACCGAAACAAAUAUUUCAAACAAGAUUUUCGGCCUUAAAAUCUUGCAAAAUUGGUAAUUUCAUGUCCCCUUUCAGUUGAAAUAAAAAAGCCAACUGCAAUAACUAAAUCUAGAUUGUGUGUCCAAUCAUUCGGGUUAGAUAUUACUCAUCAAAACUAUCAAUUUUAAGAUGGUAACUUUAUACCAGGUAUGCUUUAUUCCGUUUUUGUGGUAAAUGCGUUACAAUAAAAAUAUCGUCGGGGCAUUUAAAGCAUAUAUUCUGCCCGUAAGCAGCGCAAGUUUUACAACUAAGAUAUCCUAUUGAAAUGUAGCCCUGGCAUCCACAUUUAUUUUCCCGGCCAAUGAUAAAACGACAAUAUCGUACAUAGGAUACCUUGAUAUUUCUCGUAUCUAGCUAUUAUUGCACCAUUGUUGGUACAUGUAAAAGAGAACAUUAAUAGCGACAUUAAUGGCAUGUCAUCUCUUGUCAGAUAUUUAAACACAUGGUAACAAUCAUAAGUUGAUGUAGGUAAGGUCUUCGUUAACACCGGGAGCAAGUAACAUGUUUAGUAAUAGCUUUGUCAUGUCGCAAGCUAACGCUUCUAUUGCUGUUUGUAAUUUUGCUCAUGAUGCGGUGUGGUAAUAAUCAGCAAUAAAACAGUACAUGAAAUGAUUUGAAAGUAACCCUGAUUUCGUAUUCUAAAUACACGUUUGCCUUUUUCAUUUGCACCCUGAUGUUUUCAUGCCUGUUAUUGUUGUUUGAGUGAAAUGUUUUAAUGUUUUCUAAUAAACACUAUUAAAAUAAAGUUAUGU